AUGGAUACGGAACAGGGUGCAGAAAAGCGUCGUGUCACCCGAAUGACAUCUCACGCAUCCCGACUUUCUGGUCAAGACUCAUCAGUCUUUGGCUUGUCGUAUUCCACAACACCGGCCCUUGUGCCUGCACGCGAAUCCUCGUCGAACGAACCACGACGUCGACAGAGUUUCGUGCCGGCGUCCCAAAACACCGCCCCGUGCGACGACGACAUCAUCGCGGCUCUCGAAGAAGAGGAACCGCUACCGGCCGUCCGAAGACGCAACUCCGCCUUUCUCGAGGUUGGACUCGGCGGUGAUGAUGCCAUCGUGGACGCAAAGUUGAGCGACACCACCACCACCACCACCCGACCGAGACUGCAAGUUCGAUUCCGGAGUACGGUCGACGUCUUCGAGCCUGAUCCUCCUCUCUCAACCCGGGACGAAUCGUUCCCACCCGCUCCGACCGCCAGAGACAAACCUCCGCAAAUGCCUUUUGCCUUCCCUACGCUGUCGAGGCUGCUAUUUCUAGCCUUGGUGGCCGUCCUCGUCACGCAGAGUCUCCACACGACACCGAUACUGAAAGCCGAUGCGAAUCCCGUGGGACCAAGAAGAGAUGGACUGCUGGCGAGAGAUACUCCGCGACAAGACAAGAGGGCACUACCUGGGGCGAAUGUGAAGAGAGACAAUAGUCCCACGGUCGUGUGCAAGAGGUGGGCAGGGCAGAGUGCCCUCGUCAACGGGACAUUAUACUACUAUGGAGGCAGAUCCACGACGUCUGGAGACCAGACAGCCAACGAAUGGAACAACGAUCUGGUCGCGAUCGACUUGACCAAGUCGUGGCAGAUUUCCACCCCUUCGAUAUCGGGACUUCCAAUCCCCAGCGGUCCUCCCGCCGUCUCCCUAGGCUACCUCUGGAACUCGUACGACGCGCUGUAUCUCUACGGCGGCGAAUUCUCCGACAGCCCAGCAGAAUCGCCCGUGCCAUUUUCAACUUGGUCCUACGACGUCUCUUCAUCGUCUUGGACCGAACUGUCCAACCCGAAGACGAGCGCCGGCGACAACUCUGAGCCAGCAGGCCAACCCGUCCAACGCGCUGCCGAAGGAGCAGGUGUUUCGGUGCCCAAUAUCGGUCGGGGUUUCUACUUCGGCGGCCAUCUCGACGGCUACACCACCCCCGGCUGGUCUCAGUCCGUGGCUCGGGUCUACAUCAAGGGCCUCCUCGAGUACACGUUUCCAGGGUACACCAACGACGCCGUCUCUGAUUCCGGCACCGCAGGCUCGUCAGGCAUAUAUCGCAACAUCACCGAGGGCGGAGUCCAGGACACAAGCGGAUUCCCCGAGCGCGCUGACGGCGUCCUCGUCUACGUGCCCGGCUACUCGAAACAAGGCAUCAUCAUCGGUCUGGCGGGCGGGACCAACGCGACCUUCACCCAGAUGAAUGUCAUCGACGUAUACGACAUUGCGGCGUCAAAAUGGUACAAGCAGGCCACCAGCGGGCCUACGCCCGACAUUCGGGUGAAUCCGUGCGCGGUCGCCGUCUCGGCCGCAGACGGCACGUCUACGCAGGUGCACAUGUACGGAGGCCAGAACCUCGUCCCCUACGGCGACCAAAUCCAGUACGACGACAUGUGGAUCCUGACCGUCCCCUCGUUCACGUGGAUCAAGGUCGACACGUCCGACCAGGCGACGCCGGGACCCAGGGCAGGACACACGUGCAACGUGUGGAACGCGCAGAUGGUCGUGGUGGGCGGGUACGUCGGGCAGGAUCAGGGUUGUGACAGCCCAGGCGUGUACGUGUUCAACACGAGCAGUCUGAGCUGGCAGAACGAGUACGUCGCGCUCGACUCCAGGGACGAUCUUAAUCGGCAGGAGAGCCAGCGCGACGACGCCGCUGCCUUGCAAGGAAGCUAUGGCUAUGCUGUGCCCCCGGCUGUUCAGCGCGUCGUAGGCGGAAACGCCGUGGGCGCCGCGACCGUGACCCAGCCAGCGCAGACAGCGACACAAGGACCCCUCAUGACGGGACAGCCUCUGACCUACAGCGUCACAGGGGCACCCGGUGCCAGCGGGACCAGUAGUCCAACGAGUGGCGGCGGGUCAGACGGCUCCGGAAAUGGAAGCGAUUCUUCAAGCGGGGGCGGAGGCGGAGCGACCAACGUCGGUGCCAUUGUCGCGGGUGUCAUCGCUGGUCUGUUCGCCGUCCUGGCUGCAUACUUGGGCUUCUGCGUCUGGCUGUACCGCAAGCAGCUCAGGAUCUACAAGAACCACUCCGACAUGGCGCAGCGACAGCAUCUGUCCGGAGAUCCACGCUACAUCGGCGCGGGUGCGGGUGGUUCUGCUGCUGCAAGUGAGGGCGUCGCAGCUCAGAAAUACACCGACAAGAGCCAGACGGACAGCCGAAACAGCGCAGACAACCAUUCGGGCGAUGGGAGUACGACGGGUGCGCGCUCUACCUCUGCCAGGGCAAAUCAACUCAACAGUAACAACCCGUACAGAAACGUCGCCGGCGGCGCGGGCAGUGCGACGGCCGCAAGCAGCACUGAGGACCUGAUGGCUGGACAGGAGCCGAGUUUCCUGGGAGUCGUGUUGAAUCCGAGAAGAAGCUUGAGGGUCGUCAACAGAGACUGA